AGUAAUGCUUCAUCUUCCGGUCUUGUAAAAUGGAUCGAAGAGAACAAAGUGGCCGUUGCUGUGGGUGUAGGAAGUAUAGUCGUUGGAGGUGCAGGAUACUAUUACUUCUCUAGCAACAAUAAAUCUACCCAAAGGAGCAAAAAAUCAGAUGAUUUAUCAAGUAACGAAAAAGCAUCUAGCUCUUCAAAGAAAAAGAAGAACAAAAAGAAGAAGGCUGGGAGUAAGGAAGCUCAUGAAAACGGUGCAGGCGCAGAAAAUGGAGCAAUCUUGGACGAGGCAAGUGACGAACAAUUGUUUGAACUAUCAGAAGAAGACAUCAAGCGAUUACCAGCAGAAAAACGUGAAUCUCUUUCACAAUCUCUCAAAACAGCCGGUAAUAAAGCAUACCAAAAGCGCAAUUUCACACAAGCCAUCGAAUAUUACACAAAAGCAAUCGCUGCAAAACCAAUGGCAGUCUUUUACAGCAACAGAGCAGCAUGUUACUCCAACCUAAAUCAACCUGAAAAUGUCAUUCCAGACUGUAACUCUGCUCUUGAAAUGGACAAAACAUACGUUAAAGCCCUCAACAGAAGGGCUGUUGCACAAGAAGCUUUGGGCGGUAACGGAGAACAAGAAGGUGAAGAAGGAGACAAAGGUAGAGAAAAAUUGUUUAACAGUCUGUCCGAUUUCACAGCUGUUGCCAUUCUGGGACAAUUCAAGGACAGCAAUGCAACUGAAAGCGUUGAAAGAGUGUUGAAGAAGAUCGCCUACUCAAAAGCAAAGAAUAUCUUGGAGACACGCGAACCUCGUUUGCCUUCUCCCACUUUUGUCACUGCUUACUUGGAAGCUUUCAGACAUAAGGAUACACCAGUUUUGCCCGAAAAUCCAUCCCAAGGUGACGAAACACUCAUCAAAGCCUUCGAUGCAGUCAAUGCUCGCAACUACCCUCACGCUUUCACCUUGUUCACCGAAGCUAUUGAGCAAGGUUUGAGUCAAGAUGACCUCAAAGCAACAGCUUACAAUAUGAGCGGUACCUUCAAAUUCGUCAUCGGAAAUGCAAAGAGCGCUUUGGAUGAUUUGGAAAAGAGUACAUCUAUUAGACCUGAUUACGUUCAAAGCUGGGUAAAGAAAGCCAGCGUUCAUAUGGAAUUGAGCGACAAAGAAGAAGCUUUACGUGAUUUCGAGAAGGCUAUUGAAGCCAAUCCAAAUGAUCCUGAUAUUUACUACCAUCGUGGUCAAGUUCACUUCAUUUUGGGUGAUUACGAUGCAGCUAUUAAGGAUUACAAAAAGUCUACCGAGUUGGACGAUACAUUCAUCUUCUCACAAGUUCAACAUGCUGUAGCACAAUACAAGCUCGGAAAGGUACCCCUUUCAACACGUGCAUUCGAGUCUCUCUUGAAGAAAUUCUCCGGUGCCAGCGAGGCAUACAAUUACUAUGGUGAAUUGUUGCUCGAUCAACAAAAGUACGAAGAAGCUUUAGAGAAGUUUGACGAAGCAAUCAAGAUUGAAUCACAAAAAGAGCGCAGCUCAAACGUUUUACCAAUGAUCAACAAGGCUUUGGCAUUAUUCCAAUGGAAACAACAAAUGGCAGAAGCAGAAGAACUUUGCCGCAAAGCACUGGACAAAGAUCCAGACUGUGAUGUGGCCGUUGCAACUUUGGCCCAAUUGAGCUUACAACAAGGCAAGAUUAAGGAUGCAAUCGACUUCUUUGAACGUAGUGCUGAGAUCGCACGUACAGAACCCGAAUUGAUCAACGCUAUCACAUACGAAAACGCAGCUCGAGCUCAAUUGCGAUUCAUUGAAGAUUUCCCCGAAGAGAGUAAAAUGCUACAAUCAUUGGCAACCUCUCUC